AUGGCAGAGAACACAGAUGCAGGCAAAGGUACACCACAGGAAUCCACAGGUAACGGCAGUUUUUCAGAACAACUGUCAAAAAUGAGCAAAACAAUGAAAAUAGCAUGCAUUAUAGGGCUUAUAGUAUUACUUGCUUUAGUUAUUGGUCUAUCCGUAUUUAUAUUAAAGACGGUAGUUGGAACAAGUAAAAAUGCAACAUUGAUUGGAUCAACUACAAUGAAUAAACACACAAAUGCAGUUAGCAAAGAUGACACAGGCAAAGAAAGCUCAACAUCCACAGAUGAUAACCUGAAUAAUUCCAAAAAGCCUAAGCCUAGCAAAAAACCAGGUAAGAGAGGCAAGAGUGCUUCAGUAGUAGGAGGAUCCGCCAGCUCAUCAAAACUUGCAAAUGCAAAAGACAGUAAAAAUCCCACAAAAAAGAAAUUAGGGAGCAAGAAAAGAGAAGGCAAAGCAGGUUUAAUUUCUGGAAAUAAUGGAGCAUCCCACCUAAGCAAUAUGCUGGGAGUUAAUGACAUCAGACUUAUAGAAGCCAAAGAGAGUAAUUUGGUAGAGUCUUCAGCUAAAUAGGGAAAUGAUCA